AUCAUUUUGGUGGCCAUGAAUCCUUACAAACAGUUACCAAUCUACGGAGACGCCAUCAUCCAUGCCUAUAGCGGGCAGAACAUGGGAGACAUGGACCCACACAUAUUUGCAGUGGCAGAAGAAGCCUACAAGCAGAUGGCCAGGAACAAUAAAAACCAGUCAAUUAUUGUGAGUGGGGAAUCAGGCGCUGGAAAGACAGUGUCUGCUCGCUACGCCAUGAGGUACUUUGCCACCGUCAGCAAAUCAAGUAGUAACACUCACGUGGAAGAGAAGGUUCUGGCAUCGAACCCCAUUACUGAGGCUGUUGGAAAUGCCAAGACCACCCGCAAUGACAACAGUAGCCGGUUUGGAAAAUACACAGAAAUCAGUUUUGAUGCAAGAAAUCAAAUCAUAGGAGCCAACAUGAGAACUUACCUGCUAGAGAAGUCCAGAGUUGUCUUUCAAUCAGAAAAUGAACGGAAUUACCACAUUUUCUAUCAGCUUUGCGCAUCUGCACAGCAACCGGAAUUUAAACAUCUUAAAUUAGGAAAAGCAGAAGAGUUUAAUUAUACAAGAAUGGGUGGCAAUACUCUUAUCGAGGGUGUUGAUGACAGAGCUGAUAUGAUAGAGACACAAAAGACCUUCACGCUAUUGGGUUUCCAGCAGAAUUUCCAGAUGGAUGUGUUCCAGAUCCUGGCAGCCAUCCUCCAUCUGGGCAAUGUGCAGGUUACAGCCUUGAGCAGCGAGAGGUCCUCUGUCCGUGAGGAUGACAGCCACCUGCAGGUCUUCUGUGAGCUCCUGGGCCUGGAGACAGCCAGAGUCGCUCAGUGGUUAUGCAAUCGCAAAAUUGUCACCACCUCGGAGACAGUAGUGAAACCCAUGACCAGGCCCCAGGCCAUGAAUGCUAGGGAUGCCCUAGCCAAGAAGAUCUAUGCUCACCUCUUUGACUUCAUUGUGGAAAGGAUUAACCAGGCCUUGCAGUUCUCAGGCAAGCAGCACACUUUUAUUGGUGUUUUGGACAUUUAUGGUUUCGAAACCUUUGAUGUGAACAGCUUUGAGCAGUUUUGCAUCAAUUAUGCCAAUGAAAAACUUCAACAGCAGUUUAACCUGCAUGUCUUUAAACUGGAACAAGAGGAAUACAUGAAGGAAAACAUCCCUUGGACUUUGAUAGAUUUUUACGACAACCAAUCAGUUAUUGACCUGAUUGAAGCAAAAAUGGGCAUUUUGGAAUUACUGGAUGAAGAAUGUUUGCUGCCACAUGGAACUGAUGAGAACUGGAUUCAGAAACUGUAUAAUAAUUUUGUCAACAAGAACCCUUUGUUUGUAAAGCCCAGAAUGUCAAAUAUGUCUUUUAUCAUCCAGCACUUUGCUGACAAGGUAGAAUAUAAGUGUGAAGGCUUCCUUGAGAAGAACAGAGAUACUGUCUACGACACAUUGGUUGAAAUCCUGAGAACAAGCAAGUUUCAUCUCUGUGCAAAGUUCUUUCAAGAACCUCUGGUUUCUUCUUCCCCUUUCGGUCCAGUGAUCACAGUUAAAUCUGCGAAGCAAAUCAUCAAGCCAAGCAAGCACUUCCGGAGCACAGUGGGAAGCAAGUUCCGCAGCUCCCUCUACUUACUCAUGGAGACUCUUAAUGCCACCACACCCCACUAUGUCCGCUGCAUCAAGCCAAAUGAUGAGAAACUACCUUUUGAGUUUGACUCCCAGAGAAUUGUCCAGCAGCUGCGGGCAUGUGGCGUCUUAGAGACAAUUCGCAUUAGUGCACAGAGUUAUCCUUCCAGGUGGACCUACAUUGAGUUCUAUAGUCGCUAUGGCAUCCUCAUGACCAAGCAGGAGCUUGCAUUCAAUGACAAGAAGGAAGUGUGCAAAGUAGUUUUACACAGACUCAUCCAGGAUUCUAAUCAGUACCAGUUUGGCAAAACCAAGAUUUUCUUUAGAGCAGGACAAGUGGCUUAUUUAGAGAAACUUCGAUUGGAUAAGCUGAGGCAAGGUUGUGUUUUGAUCCAAAAGCACAUCCGGGGCUGGCUCCAGAGGAAGAAAUUCCUUCGGGAGAGGGAUGCAGCUCUGACCCUCCAGCGGUACUUCCGGGGUCAGCAGACCGUGAGGAAAGCUGUUACUGCAGCGGCCUUGAAAGAAGCCUGGGCGGCCAUAAUCAUCCAGAAACACUGUCGUGGGUACCUGGUCCGCAAUCUGUAUCAGUUGAUUCGAGUGGCCACUAUCACCAUCCAGGCUUACACCCGAGGGUUCCUGGCAAGGAGGAGGUACAGAAAGAUGCUGGAAGAGCACAAAGCUGUGAUUCUUCAGAAGUAUGCGAGGGCCUGGCUGGCCCGGCGAAGGUUUCAGAGUAUCCGGCGGUUUGUGCUCAACAUUCAGCUAACCUACAGGGUCCAGCGUUUACAGAAAAAGUUAGAAGAUCAGAAUAGAGAGAACCAUGGGCUGCUGGAGAAGCUGACCAGCCUGGCUGCUCUUCGGGCUAGUGAUAUAGAGAAGAUUCAGAAACUGGAAUCAGAACUUGACAGAGCAACUACCCAGAAGCAUAAUUAUGAGGAGAAGGGGAAGAAGUUCAAGGCUACCAUGGAAGAGAAAUUGGCCAAACUGCAGAAGCAUAAUUCAGAACUAGAAAGCCAAAAGGAGCAGGUCCAGCUGAUGCUUCAAGAGAAGACUGAAGAGCUAAAAGAAAAAAUGGAUGACCUUACCAAGCAGCUCUUUGAAGAUGUGCAAAAAGAAGAACGACAACGAAUGCUUCUGGAAAAAAGUUUUGAGCUGAAAUCGCAAGAUUAUCAGAACAACAUUCAAUCAUUGAAAGACAAAAUCAAUGCUCUUAAGGUUGAGAAAAUGAACUUGGAGCAUCAGUUGGAGGAAGAGCGUAUCACCUCAGUCAGCCUGAAAGGAGAUGUGGCAAGACUGAGCAAACAGGCACAGACAAUAUCUGAAUUCGAAAAAGAGAUAGAGCUACUUCAGGAACAGAAGAUUGAUUUGGAGAAACAUGUACAAAACCAAAAACGGGAAAUGAGAGAAAAGAUGUCAGAAGUCACAAAACAACUUCUUGAAAGCUAUGAUAUUGAAGAUGUAAGAAGCAGGCUUUCUGUGGAAGAUUUGGAACAUUUAAAUGAAGAUGGAGAAAUUUGGUUUGCUUAUGAAGGACUAAAGAAAGCAACACGCGUUCUAGAGAGCCAUUUCCAGUCCCAGAAGGAUUGCUAUGAAAAGGAGAUCGAAGCACUGAACUUUAAAGUGGUGCAUCUAAGUCAAGAAAUAAACCACCUCCAGAAAUUAUUUAGAGAAGAGAAUGACAUCAAUGAAAGUAUUCGUCAUGAAGUGACCAGGCUAACAUCAGAAAACCUGAUGAUCCCAAACUUUAAGCAGCAAAUUUCAGAACUAGAGAAACAAAAGCAAGAUCUUGAAAUUCGCCUGAAUAAACAAAAUGAAAAUGUGAAAGAAAAUCUAGAAGAAUUGUCUCAUCGGUUGAGUCAAGAAAAGGAAAGAACACCGAGAAUGACCACAGAACCCCAGAAUGAAAUCCACACCGAAGAGAAAGAAAAACUAGUGGGGAAGAUUCAAGAAAUGCAAGCAGCCAGCCAACACUUGGAAGCACAUGAAAUGGAAAGUGAAGUCCAGAACAGUUUCCAGCAGGAAGCAUCUCGACUCACUAUGGAAAACCGGGAUCUUGAAGAAGAGUUAGACAUGAAGGACAGAGUGAUUAAAAAGCUACAAAAUCAGGUCAAGACUCUAACCAAGACAAUUGAAAAAGCCAGUAAUAUGCAUGUGCCAUCAGAAGACAAGGAGUACAUGGGAAUGCUGGAAUACAAGAGAGAUGAUGAGGCCAAGAUUGUUCAAAAUCUCAUUCUCGACAUGAAGCCCCGAGGUGUGGUGGUGAACAUGAUCCCUGGGCUACCAGCUCACAUCCUCUUCAUGUGUGUACGCUAUGCAGACUUUGUAAAUGACGGCAACAUGCUCAAGUCCCUGAUGAACAGCAUCAUUAAUGGCAUCAAGCAAGUGGUUAAGGAUCAUUUGGAAGACUUUGAGAUGCUGUCCUUUUGGCUUUCCAAUUCUUGUCAUUUUCUCAACUGCCUGAAGCAGUACAGUGGAGAGGAGGAAUUCAUGAAGCAUAAUAGUCCCCUUCAGAAUAAGAAUUGCUUGAACAAUUUUGACCUUUCAGAAUACAGACAAAUUCUUAGUGACGUGGCUAUACGAAUCUAUCAUCAGUUCAUUAUGGUAAUGGAAGACAAUAUUCAACCAAUAAUAGUGCCAGGCAUGCUGGAGUAUGAAAGUCUGCAGGGAAUAUCUGGUCGGAAACCCACCGGCUUCCGGAAACGGUCAUCCAGCAUCGAUGACACAGACAGCUACACCAUGACCUCCAUUCUGCAGCAGCUGAGCUACUUCUACAGCACCAUGUGCCAAAAUGGCUUGGACCCCGAGCUUGUGCGGCAGGCAAUAAAGCAGCUCUUCUACCUCAUUGGGGCAGUCACCCUCAACAGCCUCUUCCUGCGCAAAGACAUGUGCUCCUGCAGAAAGGGCAUGCAGAUACGGUGCAACAUCAGCUACUUAGAAGAAUGGCUUAAAGAAAAGAAUUUGCACAACAGCUUGGCCAAAGAUACACUAGAACCACUGUCUCAGGCGGCCUGGUUGCUGCAGGUGAAGAAGACCACAGACAGUGAUGCUGCAGAGAUUUAUGAGCGUUGCACUGCCCUAUCUUCCGUGCAGAUCAUAAAGAUCCUUAAUUUAUACACACCUAUAGAUGACUUCGAGAAGAGAGUUACACCAUCUUUUGUUCGCAAAGUACAGGCUCUCCUUAAUAGCCGGGAGGACUCAUUACAGUUGAUGUUGGACACCAAAUACCUUUUCCAAGUCACCUUUCCUUUCACCCCUUCUCCUCAUGCACUGGAAAUGAUCCAAAUCCCUAUUAGUUUCAAACUGGGCUUUCUCAAUAGACUGUAACAGGAAAAAAUAUAACAAAGAUACCUUUUCCCUCCAAAGCUAAUUGAAGUAGGUAUAAUUAGGUGUGGGUUUUUUUUUUUCCACUGGACCGGCAAUAUUUUGGAAUGAUAUUAGUAGAAAAAAUUGGAGU